AUGAGGCAAAUAUUAUGGGUGUGGAUGCUGGUCAUUUUGACAUUAGCUUUGCUAAAUAUUGAGCGGUAUCAUUGUUGUUCGGAGGAAGAAAGGAGUGGUCUCUUGGAGAUCAAAGCUUGGAUCAAUCACCCCAAUGGCACUUCCAUGCCAGACUGGAUGGAAAAUACUGAUUGCUGCAAGUGGUCUGGGGUUGAGUGCGACAACACUACAAACCAAGUGACCAAACUCAAUCUUUCUUUUGAAAGGGAGUUUUGGAGGUUAGGGGAUUUGUAUCUCAAUGCAUCUUUGUUUCUGCCUUUCAAGGAAUUAAAGAGUCUUGGAUUAGUCUGGAACGGAUUAGUUGGUUUCUUAGAGAAUCAAGGUUUUGAAGUCCUGGCAUCAGGGUUGAGGAAACUGAAGGAACUUGACUUAAGUGGGAAUUCAUUUGACGACAGCAUUUUAUCAUCUCUACCUGCGGUUUCAUCUCUCCAGAAUCUAGACCUAUCAUUUAAUAUGUUGACUACAAUAUCGAAUAGUAUCAAUGGUUUGGAGAAACUGGAGAUUCUUGACUUAAGCGGAAAUCAAUUUAAUGACAGCAGUUUAUCACCUUUGAGUGGGCUUUCAUCUCUCCAGACUCUGCACCUAUCCCAUAAUAGGAACUUGACAGGAUCAACUAGUAUUGCAGGUUUGAAGAAUUUAGAUACCCUGUAUCUCGAUGGAAUUGACUUCAAGGGAAGCAUUUUGAUCGAGUCCUUGGCAGAAUUGCCAUCCCUUAAGACCUUUUAUGCUAGGCGGAGUAAUUUAAGCAGAGCGCUAGUUGGUAAAGGUUAG